AUGGUGUUCACCGAUAGCGAAGAUGACGAUCUAGACGCCCCCCGCAUAAGACACAAACAUGCUCGAGCCGAACCAUCUCUUGCAAAGAACACUCUCGUCGACGUCCCCAAGACCCCGACGAUCAACCCAGAGACUCCGCGUCGAUAUGACAGCCCUGCCAUUACCUCCGAUGCACAUGGUCGCAGUUCAAGAAAGCAGCCCUAUUCUGGCCGUGAUACAGUCGCGCAGAUCGAAUACGACUCGGCCGAUGAAGAGCUUGACCGGAUCGAGCGAGAAUGGAAUGAAGAUCAUGAAGUGUCAGCAGAAAAGACGAACCAAAAACCCAGGGCGAACGUGAAAAAGGGUGCAGCACCACAAAUACUCGAAACAAUCAACGAAGAGUUGGCACCGCGUCCCAAAGCGGGAAGGACAAGAUUGACAACGGGUGUGGGACGACAGGGACCCUUCAGAAAGCGUCGAAAAGUGAAAGCCUACGCAGACACUGACGACGAUCAGGAUCUGAUGGAGUGGACAUUGCCUGAGUACAUAAGGGAUCGAAGAGCCAAUUUUGACGCGCGCCUAAAGCAGCUCAAAAGAGGCGGUCUGGAACUACCUCCUAAUUUUGACGAGGUCUACUUCUCCGACGAGGAGCACUUGGAAGAUCUCGUCGAACGACCAGACUUUCCGCUGUCGACUGCCACCAAAGCCUAUAAGGAUAUUGAGCUCCCUAACUCCCUAGGCCUCAUUCCAGCACCAGUUGCCCAGUUCCUGCGCGACUAUCAGAUUGACGGUGUGAAGUUCUUGCACGAGCUCUUUGUCUAUCAACGAGGUGGCAUACUCGGUGACGACAUGGGGCUGGGUAAGACGGUUCAGGUCAUUGCGUUCCUGACCGCGGCUUAUGGCAAGACCGGCGACGAACGCGACCAAAAGAGGAUGCGAAAAAUGGCCCGGUCCAACCAGCGUUACCCCAAAACCCUCAUCAUCUGCCCGGGAACCCUCAUGGAAAACUGGAAAGAUGAAUUCCAGCGUUGGGGUUGGUGGUAUGUCGAGACUUAUCAUGGUGGUGCAACACAGAGGCAUGAUGCGCUCCUACAAGCCGAAGCAGGCAUGCUCGAAAUUAUGAUUACCACCUAUCACACCUAUCGAGCCCACAAAGAAGAGAUCAACCUGAUCAAAUGGGAUUGUGUCGUUGCCGACGAAUGUCACAUCAUCAAAGAACAGAAAUCCGCAACCACCAUAGCCAUGAACGACAUCAACGCACUCUGCCAUAUCGGCCUAACCGGCACCGCGAUUCAGAAUAAAUACGAGGAGCUGUGGACCCUCCUUAAUUGGACGAAUCCUGGUAGACUAGGACCGAUUGCGACGUGGAAGAAAUCCAUCUGCGAGCCGCUCAAGUUGGGUCAGAGUCACGAUGCUACUCAGUAUGAACUAGCCAUCGCCCGAAAGACAGCGAAAGCCCUUGUGCAGAACUUGUUACCCAGGUUCUUUCUUCGACGAACGAAAGCUCUCAUCAAACAUCAGCUACCCAAGAAAUCAGAUCGUGUGGUCUUCUGUCCCCUCACACCCACUCAGGCAGAAGCCUACCAAAAUUUCCUCGACAGUGACAUCGGCCAGCUGGUCAAGAAUGCCACAGAGCUCUGUGACUGCAACCGAGUGCCAAAGAAAAAGGCGGGUUGGUGCUGCCACAUGUCACUGGAGGAUGGGACUACUUGGCAGAGUUGGGUCUUUCCCGCAAUCAAUACUCUGCGAAACUUGUCCAAUCAUUUAGCGAUCCUUAUUCCUCAGGGAACAGACCCUAAAGACAAGCAAGCAAAGGAUCUCGACAUGCUUGAGAUUUGCAUGCCUGACAAGUGGCGGGAAAUCUAUCGGACUCGUGACAGCAUCAUGCACACAGGCAACCCAGAGUACUGCGGGAAGUGGCGGGUCUUGAAAAAACUUCUCACCUUUUGGCAUGACCAAGGUGGCAACAAGGUGCUCAUCUUCUCGCAUAGCGUUCGCUUACUCAGGAUGCUACAAAACCUGUUCAUCAGCACCCAGUUCAACGUCACAUACUUGGAUGGAAGUAUGGCGUACGACGAGCGUUACAAGGCAGUCAGAGACUUCAACACCGAUCCCUCACAAUUUGUGUUCCUCAUAAGCACCCGGGCCGGAGGUGUUGGACUGAAUAUCACCUCCGCCAACAAAGUGGUUAUUGUCGAUCCGAACUGGAACCCCAGCUAUGACUUGCAAGCUCAAGAUCGGGCAUAUCGAAUCGGACAGACCAGAGACGUCGAGGUAUUCCGACUCAUCAGUCAAGGUACAUUGGAGGAAAUAGUCUACGCUCGGCAGAUCUACAAGCAACAGCAAGCCAAUAUCGGGUACAACGCAACGAGCGAAAGGCGAUAUUUUCAAGGUGUCCAGGGCCGCCAAGAUCAGAAAGGUGAAAUCUUUGGCCUGCAGAAUCUCUUCGCGUACCAAGGGGAGAAUCAGGUACUACGAGACAUCGUGAAUAAGACAAACAUUGCCGAGUCCAAAGCUGAUGUGCGGGUCGCCAACCUAGAGCUCGAGGAGGAUUCUGACGGCAACGGUGAUGAAGACGGUGGAAAUGACGAGGAUGACAAACCACCUCGGACCAAGGCAGAUUCCGACACGGAGGAUGCAGCACUGUCCCAACUUGCGGCGGAGAUAAUUGGCAGCGAUAGUCGUCCGUCUCGAUCCCGCUCAGGGACGCCCUUCCAAUCGACCAAGAAUGCCGCCAAGAAACAUGACCCAAUACAGGCGAUUCUGUCCUCGGUUGGCGUCUCCUACACGCAUGAGAACAGCGAGGUGGUCGGCUCUUCAAAGGUCGAAGCGCUGCUGUCGAAACGUGCCGAGGAAGCCGCAGCUAGCAAAGAGCGUUGGGGCACACAGGAGCAACAAGCAAAAGUCUUCGAGGAUGAGCCGUCACAGCAACUGGUACACAGCCAUGAAGACGAAGAUCUGUAUGAAAAUAUUCAUGACAAUGUUUUCCACGAACGACAGCGUAAGAACAAAACCGACACACCUGAUGGUGGAGUCAAAUACAAAUACCGGCCGCCUCAGGCUGUCAGGAAGAGACAAUUCUGCAGUAUGGCAAAGUGGGCAGGGUAUGGCGACGACGUUGUCACUUUUGCGCUGGUUGUCGAGAACUGGACGCAGGCCGAGAGAAGGGAGUGUCUUGAUCGGUUCUACCAGUAUCGAAGGGAUGUGCUCCGCGGACAUGUCAGGAACAAGGAUCACGAAGCGAAGGAGCGGCAUCCGAAGAGUGUGGCAGAGCAAGUGAGCCAAGAGGAAGAUACUAAGGUCAAAGUCGCGAAGAGUAUGUCUGUGGACCUGGAAACCAAGGUGCAGCUCGAGGUCGAAACAGAAACCGAAGAUGAUGAGCUCUGA